AUGGGCAUCGAAUAUGAACAGGUCACUAAACGCAUGAUUCUUUCAGUUGCUCAACAGGUAUUUGACCCAAUUGGUUUUCUGUGCCCAACAAUUUUGGUUCCCAAAAUAAUGCUGCAAAAAUUAUGGAAAGAAAACCUUACUUGGGAUCAGCUAGUUGAUGAGGUUGUAGCAAAAUCUUUUAAAUACUGGGUUAAAGCCUUACCUUAUGUGAUAAACAUCAAGAUACCACGCUGGAUCCUGAUUGGGGAUAAUGCUGCUGAAGAAGUGACUGUUCAUACGUUCUGCGAUGCAAGUCAGGAUGCCUACGCGUGUGCAGUUUUCGUUCGUGUUAAAUUGCAUCGAAAUGUGUCAGUUUUCUGGCUCGCUGCCAAGUCCAGAGUGGCCCCUUUGAAAAAAUCCGGAUCAAAGAUGACUGUUCCUCGUUUAGAAUUAUUAGCCGGUACGAUUGGAGCUAGGCUUUAUACGAAUGUAGCUGCCAACUUAAGUCAGAAGUACAGGUGUUUUUUCUGGAGUGACUCUACCACCGUUAUAUCCUGGAUACAAAGAAAGGAGGAGUGGGGAGUGUUCCCCCAUUUACCAGGGAUUCAAAAUCCUGCUGACUUGCCAUCUAGAGGGAAUUCUCCCAACCAACUUUUGGACUCCAAAUGGUGGGAGGGACCAUUAUGGUUAUAUGAAUUAGAAGAGGACUGGCCGGCGGGAAAUGUAACAUGUGACGAAGAGGAGGUGUACGCGGGGCGUAAGAAGAAAUUGGUAACUACGCUGAUCAAUGUAGAUGGUACUAGUUUUUGGAACAUUGACUAUUUUUCUAAGUCCGCGAAGACAAUAAGAAUGAUGGCCUACCUUUUACGUUUCAUUCACAACACUAGACACCCCAUUGAUAAACGUGUAGGUGAAUUGUCUUUGGAAGAACUUGAGGUAGCCGAAAAUUUUGUUUUUAAGGUGGUACAAAAGGAGACAUUUACUGGAGUUAACGCCCCAAGAAUAGCUAGUCUAAGCCCGUUUGUGAUGAAGAAGGCCUAA